AUGUUGCCGUCUAAGAAGAUGAAAGGGGUUUCUUUGGAUUCGACACCAUCUUAUAUUGUUGGUCAAUAUGAGGAUGAUAAGGCAUGGUUGAAGCAUCAGAGUCUCUUGCAAGACUAUGAGGAGCUACAAAAGGAAUCCAAUGGGAUGAGAAACAAACUGCAGAAUGCGAAACAGAGGAGGCAGAUACUGGCAGCUGAAGUUCGAUUUUUGCGGAAGAGACACAAGUAUCUUCUUGAAACGAAGUUUUUGAAUUCAUCACUAGAACAGCAACUUGUACAACCACCACCAUAUGCGGUAAACCAUAUUACAAAGAAAAAGAAGGAUCAAAUGAUCAGCAGAAAAGUUACCACUCCGAAUAAAAUUUCCCAAGUUCCAGACUCCAAACCUAAGAGGAAACAGAUUGGAAAGGAAGCUGCUGCUCGUUCUGCGUCACCAGUUAUUAAUAUUGAGCGUAAGCAAAAAUUACGUGGUAAAAAGCAAGAUUCUCAAUGCGCUUUAAAUCCAAAUUCUGAUAUGAACAAGAGAGAAAGGAUAAAUAUUCGAAAAGAAACUUUAAUGCGAAAUAAGUCACUGGUCAUUGAUUUGAAUGAGGGGGAAAGAAUAUGUGGUGCAAAUGAUACUGGUCUGAGGAACUCAGUUGCAGCGUUUGAUUUGAACCAGGACAGUAGUGGGAAAGAAACUCGUUUGCCAAGUCGAGCUCCAAUCUUCGACUUAAAUGAAAUUUCGACAGGGGACGAAGAUUUUCAGAGUAAUUAUGAACCCUUAAAGCUAGAUGAUGCGAGGAAAGGUUUGAUUAGAGGUUUACAUGAUGAACAGCAUAAUGACUUGAAAUUAUCAGCGUGUAGAAACGCUGGGGAGGGUUCGACCCGGGUUGGUAAGCGGAAAAUUUCAUGGCAGGACCCAGUUGCAUUGAGAGUUUGA